AACAGAUUCAGUACAGGUUUUCCUCUGAAGUGAAUAUCGUAAUACCAUGCAUAUGAAAAUAUUGUUAACUGCUUUGCUCCUUGUUUCUGAGGAAAGCCAUGGCCAUAAAAUAAACAAAGAGAAAUGUGUCAGGGACGUAGCUGACAAAGUGGCUAAUCUUAUCACAGAAACUACGAGUCAGUGCAUUGUGUCCCCUUCCAAAGAUUUAGGUGACCGACCUUCUGACUGUGGUGAUUUGAAGAAAUCAGAAUACAAAAGUGGAGUAUAUAAAAUUUACCCGGAUGGAACUUCUGGUUUUCACGUCUUUUGUGACAUGGAGACUGAUGAAGGUGGUUGGACGGUAUUUCAACGAAGAACAAAUGGUUAUGUCGGCUUUUACAGAGCCUGGGAAUCUUACAAGAAUGGGUUUGGAAAUCUAAAGAGUGAUUUCUGGUUGGGAAACGAGUAUUUGAACAAACUGACUGAACAAGGAUAUUACAUACUGCGGAUAGAUAUGGAGGACUUUGAAAAUAACCACAGAUAUGCCAUCUACAAGAAAUUUGUUGUUGAGAACGAAAAAUCAGGGUACAAGCUGAAGGUAGCUGAUUACGCUGGAAAUGCAGGGAAUUCAUUAAGCCAACAUAAUGGAUAUAAAUUUACUACAAGGGACAGAGAUAAUGAUGCUUACAACAGGAACUGUGCUGAGGUGUAUAACGGAGGAUGGUGGUAUACGAGUUGUCAUCACUCCAACUUGAAUGGGAUGUACCUCAUGGGAAAACACAGUACUUAUGCUAUUGGUGUUAAUUGGUCUACCUGGAAAGGAUACAACUACUCAUUGAAAACAACACGUAUGAUGAUACGGCGAGCCUAGUAAAAAUAAUCAAUAAAAAUUAACGCAUUGAA